AGACGAUUUGCAGUCAUCCUUUUUUGCCUGUGCACCUGUCUCGAGAACUCGGGGAUAAUGUGGCUACGGUCUCAAAAUAUCCUAAAUUGGGUUAUCCGCGGCGUCGGAUGAUGCGGGGAAUCCUCUUUGAUUUCGGGGCUUUCGUGCAGUGGGUAUUGUCCGGCCCAAGCCGUACAGCGAUCCGAUGGUUACCCAACAACCCACCCCCACCUUCGGUAGACACUAUGACCGGCGCCACCACCAGUCGGAACGAGUAUAUACCUCCCCUUGACCCCACCUUCAAGCCUCUCAACUCCCACCUCCUCCCCCAUCACCAUUCAAUCAACUUCUUCAAUUGAUCAUCACCAUGUCGACUGAAGGAAAGACCAUCACCUGCAAGGCCGCCGUCGCCUGGGAGGCCGGCAAGCCUCUGAGCGUCGAGACAAUCGAGGUUCUCCCGCCACGAGCCCACGAGGUGCGGAUCAAGAUCGCGUACACUGGAGUCUGCCACACAGAUGCGUACACUCUCUCCGGCAAGGACCCCGAGGGUGCGUUCCCCAUUGUGCUCGGGCACGAGGGAGCGGGAAUCGUCGAGUCGGUCGGCGAGGGCGUGACCAACGUCAAGGUCGGAGACCACGUUGUGGCCCUCUACACCCCCGAGUGCAAGGAGUGCAAGUUCUGCAAGUCGGGCAAGACAAAUCUGUGUGGAAAGAUUCGUGCUACCCAGGGACGUGGUGUCAUGCCCGACGGAACUUCGAGGUUCAGGUGUAAGGGACAGGACCUGCUGCACUUCAUGGGCUGCUCCACGUUCUCGCAGUACACGGUCGUCGCCGAUAUCUCGGUCGUCGCCAUCACUAAGGAGGCCCCCAUGGACAAGACGUGUCUGCUCGGAUGUGGCAUCACCACAGGAUACGGAGCUGCCGUCGUCACCGCGAACGUCGAGAAGGGCUCCAGCGUUGCCGUCUUCGGCGCCGGCUGCGUCGGUCUCUCUGUGAUCCAGGGAGCGGUUAAGAACGGAGCGUCGAGGAUCAUCGUCGUGGACGUCAACGACGGCAAGGAGGAGUGGGCAAAGAAGUUCGGCGCGACCGAAUUCGUCAACCCCACCAAGAUCGGAAAGCCCGUGCAGGACCACCUCGUCGAGAUCACCGACGGUGGCCUCGACUACACUUUCGAUUGCACCGGCAAUGUCGGCGUCAUGCGUGCUGCCCUCGAGGCGUGCCACAAGGGCUGGGGACAGUCCAUCAUCAUUGGUGUUGCGGCGGCAGGACAGGAGAUCUCUACGAGACCAUUCCAACUCGUCACCGGUCGCCAGUGGAAGGGUUGUGCCUUCGGUGGUAUCAAGGGACGUUCGCAGCUGCCUGAUCUGGUUGACGACUACAUGACCGGCAAGCUGAAGGUUGAAGAGUUCAUAACCCACCGCAAGAACCUCAACGAGAUCACCGAGGCCUUCGAGGUCAUGCACGACGGAAACUGCAUUCGAUGCGUUGUGGACAUGAUUAACCUGUAGGUUCCGGAGACGCAUCCAAAACUUUCGUAGUAAUCUUUUGUUUUCCUCUCUGCUUCCCCCGGGGUUUGGGGGUUCCGGCCACAAUCUAUCUACUUGCUGUUUGCAAAAUCUGAAUCUUUGAGUUCAACUGCUUUUAGUAAUACUGGUACUCCUAAACUAUAAACGACGAAAGGCAGCAAAGGUAGCGAAGAAAGGAUGGGGGUUGGGUUAGGUGGGUUAUGGUAGGUAGGUGGGUUAUAGUAGGUAGGUGGGUUAUAGUAGGUAGGUGGGUCAUAGUAGG